ACACGGAGCAAGCGGAGACACGGAGCAAGCGGAGCCACUAGUUGAAAUGUGCAUCUUACUGUAUAGACUUGUUAAAAAGAUGAAAAUUCAGGAGUUUCUGUAUUUCUGCCUUGUUCUUGUAACUGCGUCUGCGAAAGGACAUGAAAACGGGCGGGGAGUCAUCACAGUGGUGGUCCCAGAAGGAAGAGACGCCAUCUUACCCUGCUCCCUCAGGACCAAGCUGAGCCUUCAACAUGAGGUCUUUGACUGGAAGAAAGAUGGUCAGAAGGAGGUGUUCCUGUACUCUGCUCGCGACGAAUACAAUAACGGACGUCCAGGACAAGACGAGCAGUUCAAAGGUCGGGUCUCACAUUUCCCAGAAGAGUUGAAGCUUGGUAACGCCUCCAUAGUCAUCAGAAACACCAAGCUGGUCGACAGUGGAAACUACUCCUGUAUUAUUCCACAUCUUCAGCCAAAGGAACAAAGUUUCAACAUUAAACUCAUCGUUGAACGUGUCUUUAAGGACCGAUCAGGUGAUGUCACAGGUGCAGCUCCAAAGCCUUUUGUUGGGAUCCUGAGCAUCACGGAGGACGGGGCGCUGCUGAAGUGUGAGGUUCCAGGUGCUUUUCCAAAGCCUUCGGUGGAGUGGAAGGACAGCGAUGGAAACAUCCUUCCCGCUGAGGAGCCGCGCGUGUCGUACAGAGGAGACCGCUACUACGUCAGCCUCCUCAUCACUGUGACCAAGACAGACACCAACGUCUUCCGCUGUGUAGCCACACAGCAGGAGAUCAGCCAUGUGACUGAUGAUGAGAUCUACGUGCCUCACUGUGGGAAAACAGCUGAGAACUGCUGUGGAGUGGGUGUGGUUGUAGCAGCAUUUUGUGGUGGAGUUCUGAUUACUGCAAUUCUGUUUGUAGUUAUAAAGUACAUUAGAAGAUAGCAGAGAGGUGAGAAUAAUAAUGGAUUUCAAAUUUAGCAUUUAUUUUGACAUACUGUAUGUAUGAGGUGUAAAAUUCUCAGUAUUUUAUGGAUUAAUGCUCUGGAUUGGCUGCAGAUUGCAAACACCAAGUUCUUUUUUACAGCAGGUAGUUUUAGGCAUAUUUAUGUAAUUUUUCCAGCUAACAGGAGAAGAGGGAGUGUUUCUUUUUUCUUUUUUUAAAAAAACAAAAAACUCUUAGUUAUCUAUUAUCUGCAGAUGUAGAUUAAUAAACUGUAAACUGAGGUACAAGAAGACAUUUAAGGUGAUGUUAGUGCUGAGCGAUUGUCUGCACGGUCUGACCGUCUUAUCGUCCUGCUGCAUGAUCACUAAGUAUUUGUCCCAUCAGCACCAGGGGCAGGUCAGUGGGGGUGAUGGGCUUAACAUGCAGUCAGUAAAGCAGCACUGGACACUCUUCAAGUGAACAGAGAUCUCACCUGACCCACAACAGUGAGUUCAGAAACUCGCUGCUAUUUCAUCUCCAAGUGUUAAACUCCAAAAGCUCAGGGACUCAAACCACAGACAACAGUAACACUGAGAAAUCAUGAGAAACUGUGGGCUGUGGAUUCACCACACAGUGCCUUAAAUCAGCAGAACGUGAAGCUGUAACACUCAAAGGCUGCUUAUGAAAUGUGGUAGUGAUGGCAGCUGUUUGUUUUCUUUGAAAAUGGUUUAAAGUCGAUGAUUGGUGAUUGAUCAGGCCCUGAGAGUGACAAAGAUUUGAGUGAAGGAGAUGCCACACAAGUAACAGAUUCUACUUUUAUAGAUCUGAGAGGGUUUAAACAUGAGUGCAGCAGAGAGUCUUCAUCCAAAGGAACCAGAUUGUACAUAAUUUAAAAAGCUUUAAAAGGUGGAGACAAAAUCAGCUGCUUUUCGUUCUUACAGUAUCACUCAGCUGCUCAGUUUGUAUGAGCCAGACGCAGCUCAAAGCUGUAAAACUGCUGUGAUUGUAUUUUAGAUUGAACACAUUCCUGAUCAGAUUCUCUUUUUAUUUUUGCUUUACUUUGUUGUUGUUUUUUUAUGUUGAGUAAGCUUGUUUAAGGAGAGUUUGUCUGUAUUUGUAAACGUGACUUUAAAAAGACUCCAAGCAAUAAAAAUGGUGACUUCCAGAAUUAUGUUGGUGCUGUUAAAGCUGAUAAUGCUAAUGAAAUACUUGUAUUUAAAUGCAAUGCUACAAUCAAAAUGCUGAUUAUAUUUUACCGUGUGUUUUAUCAUUAUUAUGUUUUGACUACUGAAUUAAUAGAAAAGAUCUAAGAAAAAAAUUGUAUCCCAGCUUUUAAAUAAAAACCGCCAAA